AUGUUCACAAACUUCCCGGUCACACUUAGUGAUUGUAUAGUUCUUGCUCGUGCCUUAGGUGAGGAGGCUAAUGACCAGGAUAAUGGCAAGGUGAUGGGAACAGAAAAGAUAGGUUCCUGUGGAAAGCAGCUGGUAAGGGACAUUGUAUGGAUGAGAUGUUUUCAUCGGAUGGUUUUGGCCAGCCCUCUGCGUGAUGGUGCUUUGGAAGGUGACAAGUACCGCCACAUCCAAGAUGCAAGUAGUGGUUCUGCGCAGAAGUACAUUGUGAAGAACUACUUCUACUACUACUUAUUCAAGUUUUCAGCUGCUUUGGGUGAAGAGAUUUUUUAUAUCACUUUCCUUCCAUUUAUCUACUGGAACGUGGAUUACUCUGUGUCUAGAAGGAUGAUAAUUAUUUGGUCUAUCGUGAUGUACAUAGGCCAGGUCUCCAAGGACAUCCUCAAGUGGCCUCGGCCCCUCUCACCACCUGUUGUCAAGCUGGAAAUGAGGACGGAUGCAGAGUACGGGAUGCCUUCCACCCACGCCAUGGCCGCCACUGCCAUCUCCUUCUCCUUCCUCAUUGCAACCACGAACCAGUACAAGUAUCCAUUCGAACUAGGCCUGGUCGCAGCAUUUGUGUUUUCCACGCUGGUGUGUCUCAGCAGGCUCUACACCGGGAUGCACACAGUCCUGGAUGUGAUCGGUGGAGCGCUGAUUUCGGCUGUGCUGCUCGUGCUCUUGUAUCCUGCGUGGGACACGAUCGAUCACUUGCUGUUAACCAGUCCCUUCUGUCCACUUCUUUCCAUAGUUGUGCCUCUUGUCUUAUGUUACAACUACCCCAAACUAGACUAUUACAGCCCCACCAGGGGAGACACCACUACUAUCUUAGGAGCAGGAGCUGGAGCAACGGUGGGGUUUUGGUUAAAUAACCAGUAUGCUGCACCAGCCUACACCAGAGAAAACUUUCAGCUUGGGUAUCCUCUGAUCACCAGUAAAAUAGCGGUGGUCGUGCUAGCCAGGUUCUUUGUAGGUAUCUUUGUUGUUCUACUGACACGCCGGCUCAUGAAGACCGUGGUCCUCGGCAUGCUGGGUUAUCGGUACAAGUUUCCCAUUGGCGACCUGGAAGCCCGGAGACGACUGGAAGUCGAAGUGCCGUAUAAAUUUAUAACGUACUCCUCAGUUGGCUUCAGUGCCACCGUGCUCGUGCCGCUGCUGCACGAGCUGUUAGGACUGAUGUGA